CGAGCUGGAAUUGAACGUUCACGUUUACCAGGAAGAUUUCAAGAAGCAGUCUGGAUCGUGUGACUUUGAUUCCUUCAACAAACACCAGCUAACAAUCCGACAAAGCGCUCGGAAUAACGACGUCAUGAAUGGAGGAACUGUUUCGGUGGUACGAGGAGCAGACGGUGACAGAAGAGACUCCGUGCCCAUACUUGGUUCAGACAAAUGCCUCAUAUGUCUGAACACUUUAGGGGAGCAACCUGUGGGCAGCCUGGAUAACUGCCGACAUGUCUUCUGUCUUGAAUGUAUUCUGCAGUGGUCCCAGACUGCCAGCUCAUGCCCAGUAGAUCGUAUCGGCUUCAGUUUCAUCCACCAAAGACAGUAUCCUGGAGGGCACAUACAAAAAAAGAUUGAAAUAAAGAAAAAGACACAGAUUUUUGACGAAGACGACAUGAGAGAAGAUGUCAUUUGUGAAAAGUGUGGACGGAGUGAUCUUAGAGACCAACUGCAAGUUUGCAUCCACUGUGAUUCAGGGUAUCAUAUAGCCUGUUUGACUUCUCUGCUAGACACUAACCUUGAAGGGUACUGGGUCUGCCCAGAAUGUGCAGACAGUCUCCCAGACACAGAUGAUGAGCAGGUCAGUGAAGGAGAGCUUGCAGACCUUCAAGCGGAAGUAGAUGAUGCCGUUCCUACCACCAGUCGCCUCCGGCCCACCACUUUAAGUCAGCCCAGCAGGUCCACAGGAACCCGCUGCAGCCAGAGAAUCAAGGACAGAGCUAGAAACAAUCCCACCACGCCAUCUCACUCUGCUGGGGACAGUUUGCAUGUGCCUAAAUACCUGUUGAGGUCUCCAUGCACAGCAGAUGAAUUUGCUGCAGGUUUUCACGGUGAUACCAAAGAUGUCCCAGCCAAGUUAAAGAAAGGAAGCACCAAAGGACAAAACAUGGUCCUUGAAUAGGAGACGACUGUGCUGAUUGGGAAGUCAUCACCCAGCCGUGAGAUUAAGCGGGUCAGGAUUUCCCUCACAUAAACGUCCAGGAGGGGGCAGCAUUGGGUUGUAGAGCUGUCGACCUGGUGUCCACACUGCUGUGGUGGCCCAGAAUAUAUAUAUAUAUAUAUAUAUUAGCGCUAUACCUAUAGCUGUAUCUGAAUCUUUUUGGGGUGAAAUUUUUAAACAGAAGUAUCCCUAAAAAAUUCGACAAGAAAUUGCACCUUUUUUUUUAUAAGAUAAGUAUUUAAUUAAAGGAUGAAACAAUGGAAAUCAGGAGUGUCCUAGUGACUAAGCCAAACAGGUGCAUACCAGGUUAACUGAGGCCUAGUGCAGUGUCCAGACUUCCAGCUCAGUAUUGUUGUAUGUCAGCCUCUAUUUGUUUAAACCAUGCAUGUCCGAUCUACUCCGACUGUCCUGUAAAGGCUGGAAUUACAAUCUUGUAUGUAAUGAAAAUGAUUUCUCAAACAUGUUUUGUUACGAGGCUGCAUACAGCCGAAUUUUUCUUCCAUUAAUAAACAAGAGCUAUACCAACAAA